AUGAGCGAUCUUAGUACCAUAUCAGCUAGAGCGCAAGGUCUCGUUGCAUCACAAUCUUAUCUUGGAAUUGGCAAAGUUGCGUCUAUAAAUGACCCAGACAUCAUCAAUCUUGGAACGGCCGAAAAUAAGCUUACAUCUGCUGAAAUGAGUGAGCGAAUGAAUGUUGUUCGCCCCGUUGUAACAGAUCAAGACUUACUAUAUGGACAAUACAAUGGACACGACGCACUACGACGCCAAUUGGCUCACCUUCUUAAUCGACACUUCAAACCAUUGCAGCCUGUCUUGAUCGAUGAAGUUCAAGUGACGAACGGGUGUGCGUCAGCUAUAAAUGCAAUCGCACAAGUAUGUUGCGAUGCUGGGGAUUGCAUUUUACUUCCAAGCCCUUAUUACGGCGGAUUCUUCAAUGACACGCUGUACACUGCUCGUUGUGAGCUUGUACCGGUACCAGCAACCUCUUACAACGAGUUUCAAGUGUCUGUAGAAGACAUCAAUGCUACAUAUCAAUACGCUACUGUAUCCCUCGCAAAGAGAAUUACUGCUAUAAUAGUGUGCAGUCCGAAUAAUCCCUUGGGCAGAACGUAUUCGAAGGAAUGGUUGGAGGAGGUGCUGAAUUGGGCUGCAGAACGAAAGCUACAUGUAAUCGUUGAUGAGCUGUAUGCUCUCUCUGUCUGGGGGGAGACUGCAGAGCCAUUUUCACCGUUUACAUCUGCGCUUGCCAUCAAAGUACCAGAUCCACUAAGGACACAUGUCCUUCACGGUAUCGCCAAGGACUUUUUGUCAAAUGGGUUACGAAUGGCGUGGAUUGUGUCUCGUAAUCCAGCCAUUAUCUCAGCGUUAGACAAACUGGGAUUCUUUUACUCGACUAGCAAUCUCAUGCAGAACUGGAUGUGUAAUAUGUUUUCAGACCACGCGUGGGUUGACAACUUUAUAAAGACGAAUAAUUUGAGGAUACGGGAUGUGUAUCUGAAAACGACCAAGUGGCUGACGGAUCAUGAGAUACCGUUUGUGGAAGCUAAUUCUGGAUUCUUUAUAUGGAUUGAUUUGAGGAGGUGGUUGUUGCCUACUGGCGCUAGUAGUACCUCAAAUGCCUCAUUGACACAUUCAAAAUCAUCUUCUAAACCAAUAUCAACGAACUCACUUUCCGUUAAAAUGGCUUCCCCAGCUACGAUUGGAGCUCGACGAAAAGAGCGAGAGAUUGAGCUCUUUUACGCAUUGCUGCAGAAUAAGAUUUAUAUUGCACCAGGCGAAGCAUUCUACUGUGACGAAGAAGGCUGGUUUAGAAUCAUCUUUGCUGUUGAAUGGCCUGUACUCCAGGAAGGUUUGGAACGAAUGGCGAAAGUGUUGGAUGACCGGCUAGCGAAGAGUUUUGCUGGACUGAAUGUGGAUUAG